UAUUCCAGAUCAUUUUUGGUUGGGGUCUGUCAAUUAGUUAAUUUUCAAAGGAGAAAGAACCAUGGCCAGGCGGAACGGUUCUAUGAGAUGGAAAUGGUGUACCGGAAGUGUACUGCUGGCGGUGCUUUUUGCUGUCGCGUGCGUCAGGAGCGAGGAUGAGGCGCCGGAGAUCUCGCAGACUGCGGCUAUGAACUACCUCUCGCAGUUCGGCUACCUGCAACCGAUAAAUCCAACAAGUGGCGGUAUUAUAUCCAAGGACGCGUUAUCCAAAGCGAUCGCCGAAUUCCAAUCCUUCGCUGGACUGAAUAUAACAGGUGACUUCGAUGCCGAAACAUACAAUUUGAUGGCAUUACCAAGAUGUGGUGUGAAGGACAAAGUUGGCCCGGGCUUUGGACGAUCGAAGCGGUACGCUCUUCAAGGUUCGAGAUGGCGCGUGAAGAAACUGACCUACAAGAUCAGCAAGUACCCCCGAAAUCUGCCGCAGCAGAAAGUCGACGCGGAGCUGAACAAAGCGUUCAAAGUCUGGUCGGAGUACACCGAUCUCGUUUUCACUCAGAAGAAAUCCGGACAGGUGCACAUCGAGAUCAGAUUCGAGAAAGGCGAGCACGGUGACGGAGAUCCGUUCGACGGUCCCGGCGGCACUUUGGCCCACGCUUAUUUCCCAGUAUACGGCGGCGAUGCGCAUUUCGACGACGCGGAACAAUGGACCAUCGACAGUUUUCGCGGCACGAAUCUCUUCCAGGUCGCUGCCCACGAGUUCGGUCAUUCCCUUGGCUUGAGUCACAGCGACGUCAAAUCCGCCCUAAUGGCACCUUUCUACCGCGGUUACGAGCCCUACUUCCGGUUGGACGAAGACGACGUCCAGGGUAUUCAGUCUUUGUACGGAAAGAAAUCCUCGAAUACCGGGAGUAUCCCGACUGGGCCGAAAUACGGAACCACGACCGUGGCGCCGCCUAGCGAAGAGGACUCGGAACUAUGCACCGACCCGAAAGUGGACACCAUGUUCAAUUCCGCGGAGGGUCACAUAUACGUGUUCAAGGGCGAUCGUUACUGGCGAUUAACAGCGGAUGGUGUCGCAGUCGGCUAUCCUAAACUGAUUUCCCACUCGUGGAAGGGCCUGCCAGGGAACAUAGACGCCGCGUUUACAUAUAAGAACGGCAAGACUUACUUCUUCAAGGGCUCGAAGUACUGGAGAUACGUGGGCAAGAGAAUGGACGGUGAUUACCCGAAGGAAAUCAGCGAAGGUUUCACCGGGAUCCCGGACAACAUCGACACCGUGAUCGUGUGGACCGGAAAUGGGAAGAUCUAUUUCUACAAGGGCAGCAAAUUCUGGAGGUUCGAUCCAGCCUCGAAGCCGCCGGUGAAGAACACCUAUCCGAAACUGAUCUCGAACUGGGAAGGCAUUCCAGAUAAUCUCGACGCAUCGGUCGUCUAUCGCGGUUACACGUACUUCUUCAAAGGCGACGCAUACUAUCGAUUCCACGACAGUUCCUUCUCCGUGGACGUGGCCGAUCCAGCAUUCCCAAGAUCGACAGCCUACUGGUGGUUCGGGUGCAGGUCCGCGAACAAAGGAACAUUAGAGGACAACAAUCUGCACUCGGAAUCGCGCGGGUUCGGGAAAAAGUGAACGAGCGAGAAUGAAAAACUUGUUCGUUCAAGGAAUCUCGUUGAGUCGUAAACUCGGGUUAGAAGGCAGCGAAAUGG